AAUUGGAUCAAAAAUAUUCUUCCGAACAUUUCUGGUACCCACUAUCUUCGCAAAGAUAACCGAGAGAAGUUAGGAUAUGAGUUAAAUGAGAGAUACCUUUGUCAUUGUUUCGGAAAACCUAGAUCUACAGCUGAUACGAUGAAACGAGCUACUAAACCUUUAUCGGAUCGCAACCAGCCCCAUCCUACUCAAAAACUAUCUAAAAAAUUAGGAUGUAAAUCUUACCUGCGAGUAUUGAAACAUUAUAAUGAUAAGGGAAAUGCAGUUCGUGUUGUUCAUUACGCACUUCAUAAUGGACACACUCCUGGUGCUGAUGAAGAUUUAUGGUAUUUUCAAUUAUCCCAACAGGCAAAAAAAUGGAUACGCGCAAGAGCAAAAGAUGGAAUGAAACCUUUUCAAAUUGUGUCGAUGUUUCACCAGCGUAUUAAUCAACUUCGGGAUGUGGAUAAUCUGAGCUCCUUGACCUUAAUGCAAAAACGUGAUACAUAUCUUUCCUAUAUUGAUGUGUAUAAUGUUGUUCAUGAGGAAAUGAAAGGCGUGAUUUUUUUAGAUGACAAAAAAGAAAAUUAUAAUGAGGAUACAUCUAUUAAAGAAUGGAUCACCUUGUCGCAACAAGAUGGAUCUUAUACCUGCAGCAACUUGAUUUGGGGGUCACCCUUAGGUUAUAUAUAUGGAUUUCAGACUGAGUUUCAAAAAAAAGUAUUAAAAUCAAAAAGUGCGCAAACAGUAUGUCUGAACGGAACACAUGGAACAUCAUCAUACAAAAUGAAUCUCUUUACUUUAUUGGUACGGGAUGACGAGGGCGAACAAG